GUAGACGUUGCUGGCUUUCCAUAGUUACGAUUGAUUGGAUCAAUCGUAACUCUUUGUAAGACAGGGUUCUUAUGUCUAAUCUACAACAUCUUUUCUUUUACAGGGUGCUACAGUAUGUUUACCAGUUUUUCAUUAACCCCCCCCCCCAAACCAUGAGAUGGCCUCUUGCCUAUGUGAAUAAAAUUGAUACUUGAUAUCCACAUGGGUGCAUGGCUGGUAAAAAUAUAUGUUCUGUUAACUCAUUGACUUCUGGAACCUGUUGAUUUCUGUACACAGCCAAUGGGAAUCACAGAAUUCUGUAGUCAAUGGAUAAACAUUUUAUUUCUUUUUUAUGCAUAAAUUUUUCCAAUGUUAUUGUUUUAAUUAUUUGUAUGAAGUUUUAGGGGAAAAUGUAAAUAUUAAUCCAAGGUGUCAAAAUCUUGUUUUUGUAUUAUCGUAUUAAAGUGUCAUUGCAUAUUGAGCAAAUUUUAUGUUUGACAUCAUUUUCGUUUAUGUUUUGAUUGUAAUAUUUAAAAAAAGAUAUUGUUGUUAAAAAUAAACUGAAUUGAAUAAAGUCAAGUCAUCAAAAUUGAAUAUUUUAUUUUAUUUUCUUGAACUAAUUAUUUUUGUCUCCAACAUGUACAUGUUAACAUCAUAUUGAGAGAACCAGUGACAAAAGUGAAGUAAAAAGUAGUACACUCAGUUGUUCACUGAGUUGGGCAAGAAGGUCAAAUCCUACAAUUUCAGCUUCCUUGGCAUUAUAGGUGGAGUGUUCCGUGUUUUGGAAUUGAGUUUUCAAUCAUGAUUCAUGUUGUUGUUUAAAUUUGAAAAUCGACAUUGAACACACCCGUACCUGUAACAAACUCAAGAAUAGAAAUGGCAGAAGACAAGAAAAAAAAACAAAAACAAAGGUGGACAAGGAGAAAGUUUAUUUGAACUAUCAGAGAAAUUAUAUCAGUGGAAACAUGAAUUCUUGUAUAGAAUUCACAAGGCCUGCAAUUUGUCUUAAAAGAUGUCCUACACGUAUAAUCAUGUGCUAAACUUCAGCAUGCUGGUCGUUAUCCUUUAAAUGUGUAUUCUUUCAUAAUACAUUUCAUGCACUUCAAGGAAGACAAAUGGUGCGUAUUCUGAAGUCGGGUUGAAGUUAGGCCACAUUGGUUUAUUUAAAACUAUGUAUCUACAUGUACAUUGUGGAAAGCUGAAAAUGUUAGUCUUGUUUAUAUUGUAUGCUACCUAUGUUUACUGUGAUUUUUCUCCCUUAUAAUUUUAUGAUGGUGAAAAUUUAUUUUGAGUAUCAUUCCCAGACAGAUAUGAAUGAUUUUGGUGUUAAUUUUUUAGAAGAUGUGCAUUAAUGAGCUAUAAUUGGAUGAGCCUGCGCCUAUAGAUGUUUUGACAGAAAUUGGCGCAAUAUAAAUGAUGUGAAUCAUCAUCAAAUGUGCAGAUGAACUGAUCAAGUACCGUCAGAGAUUUGUUUCACAAUCAGCUAUCCAUACUUCACCCACAUCUUUACACCAGAUUUCAAAGUAAACCCCAGUUCAGAAUUUAGGUCAUAAUCCCAGAAAUGCCAACUCCCUUUAUAAAGUAUUUGUUCCUCUUUUUUGCUAUAAAUACGCCAAUACUUUUUUUGUAUGAUUUGUUACUUUUUUUAAAAUUUCUGAUCAUGGAUUAUGUAUUAUACACAGUGCGUGACACUAGCGCCGAUCCGACAGUCCCAGACCAGUAAAAAUCACUGUCGGGCCAGUAACUUGUUGCAUGAAAAGAACAAGUAAAUUUUUGCCUAUGAGCACAUGUUUAAAAGGGUGAUGUAUCAAGUUUUCAAGUAGAGUAAUUUCACAUGUUUUUUCACCGAUCUCACUACAACAGGCUGGCGAUUGUUACGUUGAAACAAAUAAAAAAAAACCUAUUUUUUUGUAAAUUUUUUUCCCUCAUAAGAAUACUUUUUUGGGUUGUAGAAGGUUUGCAGGUCUGUAAUCCUUAUUAUUAUAUCAUAUCAUACUCCCUCAGGUAUGAAGAGAAGGAGAAAGGAGAUCAUCUCCUAUAAAGAAGAGGAGAGCGAGGAGGAAAGUGAGGAGAGUGAAGAAAACGAGGAAGACAGCGAUGAAGAGUGGUCAAACGAUGGAGAUGAACAGUCUGAAGAAGAAGAUGGGGAUCAAGAAUGGACUGAUGAGCAGGAUGACCCUGCUGACCAGCCUUCUACCAGCGAGUCCACAAGCGCACCCGUGAUGACCGAUGCGCCACCAGUGGAAAUCAAGCAAGAACCUCUGAGUGAUGAUGAGGGCCAACACAUUCCUUACCAAGAGGAUCCCGACCAAUUUGCAGAGAGCUACAAGAUGUUAGAAUCCUUGCGGAGAUCCUGUGAGCAAGGGGUAGCAGAGAGAUCUUCUACAGGUGGCCCCUUGGACAGUAAGUCGCCCCCUCCGUUGCUUGACGUAGAUGGAAUCAAACAAGAAAGGGUAGAGGUUAUCAUUUGCGCAAUCUGUGGUGAUAUGUACAAUAACCAGAGUGCUUUUGAUGAACACCAAAAAGUUUCACACUUUUCUGUAAUAAACCGUCACUCUGUGGUCGGAGAUGAAAGGGGAGUGGAACUCUCCAAGGAGACUGUGGGGAAUGACCCAGUCUCUCAGAUAGUCAGGUUUGAAGUAGAGGAAGGAGGUUAUGAGGUAUUGGAUGAAACAAAGAAUGUCCAGAAUUCAGUAGAUCCAGAGGAAGGGUGGAACCUUAGUGGAAGCCAAGAAAUGCCAAGUAACUCCCAAUGUGUACAAUCCGAGUCCCGUACUUGUAGAUUUUGUAAGAAAGCAUGUCCCAACAAGCGUAUGUACUUGCUACACUUGAGAACUAAACACAGUGAAGAACUCCCUUAUGAAUGUCCAAAUUGUAAGGCCAGGUACUUGGAGAAGAGAGACUUGGAUAGUUUCAGUCGCACCAGGGCAGGGCGAACUGAUAAGGGUGGUAAGGACAGAAAUAUUUGUGAGUUUUGCGGGGACAAGACCUCAUAUCUUUGCCUCACGUGUGAUAAGGAAUUUAAAAGCAGAUCCAAAUUGAUAGCGCAUCAAAAGGUGCACAGUAAACACAGACUGUGCUAUUGCCAUUUGUGUGACGAGUACUUUCCAGAUACGCGGCAAACUAGGGAGCAUUUAGAGACCCACUAUCCUAUCAUAGACAAAAAACAAAAUAAUAAAAGACAGUCAGUUCAGGCUGCAAGUAGGAUCGGGAGGAAUGGUCAAAUAAUCUCUGGUACCAUUACACCGUACAGGAAGAGGCCACCUCCCGGCGCUGGCACCAGGGUGCCUCUUCCCCGCUUUGAGCAUAUGCAGAACAGCCAGCGCCAGAAUUAUUUACCUAAACACUUCCUGUCUCUUGGAGUUCCAUAUUUUGUCCGUUCUUCUGAUCAAAGGCCACAGCAUCCUGAUAUGUCUGUACAGUCCAUUCUAGAUACUGUCCACAGGGCUGCUUCGCAGGUGCAAACCUCUUUUCCAUCGCCUAGCCAUUGCUGCCAGUGGUGUGGCAUGGAUUUUGAUAAUUUAAAAGAAUUGGUGGAGCAUACACAAAUCCACAUCAAAAAGGAUAAAACACAAUGCCCGGUCUGUAAGAAAUAUUCCAGAUCAAGAAAACUCUUCAGGAAGCACCUUAGACAACAUGGUAUCAUUCUUUCCUAUGAGUCAAGUUCGCGUUCAUCAUGCAAUUCUCAGAUGUCUAUGCAAUCAAGGAACAGUAUGUUGAUGUCGCGCAAGAAAACUCCUCCUAAAACUUACAUAUCUCAGAGGGCUAAACUAAAAAGGAGUGACAGGUUGAUGAAAAAAUACCUGUCUGAUAGGUCGAAUAAAUCCAGGUCCUCAUCUAGCCUUGGAAAAUGUCCAGUAGAAUCUCAAAAUUUUGAAAACAGGCAAAACACCCAACAUGCCAGCAGUCACUCUGUUUACCCCCAGCAAAACAAUCCGUCUCUGAAUUUUGAGAGUAACACAAGUGUUGACUCAUCACAAAAUUCAAUACUUUCUAGUCCAGGAGACGAAAAGUCCUACAUUCAUAGUUGUGGUGGGUGCAAAUGCGAAUUCAAGAGUCGAGAAUUGCUUUCCCAGCAUAUCUGUGUACCGAAAUUCAAGUUAGGCAUAUAUUGUCAUCUUUGCCCGAAGUGGUUUGAAUCCAAACUUGGCUUGCAGUGGCAUAUGAGCCUCGAACAUCCUCAGACAAAUGAAAUUCAUGUUGAAGAGUCUGUUAGCACCAAAGAUCAACGGUCAGUUGCGCACCCCCUCAUUCGUGAAGUUUGUUCCAAAUCUUCUGCUCCUCUGAGUGGUCCCAUGACUCAUUGGAAAGGUCCCAGCAUGAACACUCAGUCAAAGGUACAAUCCCAAAGCUGUAAUACUGUACACCAACUAGGCCGGAUGUCCGGCCGGAAACGGAAUAACCCAUUCAAUGAUCAAGAAGAGAAACUCAGAUGUGCAUGGUGCCAGAAGGAGUUUCAUAGUUUGAGGGAACAGUUGGAUCAUAUCAAUAUCCACCUUGCAUGGGGUAACAACCGUUGUCCAAUCUGUGGAAAGUGGUAUGCUUUACAACCCUUAAGAGCACACCUCAGGGUUGCUCAUGCAAUAGUAACGCCCAGCCGUGGCAGAAUCUUUGCCUUUUCACCAAUGACUCCCUUGCUUCGAGGAUUGCAGAUUCGCUGUUCUUGGUGUGAUGAAGAAUUUGAUUCAAGGAGUGCACUGGAUAUUCAUACACAGCUCCACAUCAGCAAGGAAAGUAACCGGUGCCCACUAUGCGGCAUGUGGUUCAAAAACCCUCAGUCUCAAGGUUUUUUCAGGUUGCAUCUGAGAAAUCAUGGUAUACCAGUAAGCAUGACAUCAGAUGAUGGAAGAUUGACCAAUGAUAGCUCAAGAAAGGACACCUAUCCAUCUUCUGUAUCCCAAACCAUUGAUAAGUUCAAGCAGAUUGAUCAUACUUCCACAGAGCGACAGAAAAAGUCAGUCGAGUCAGAAUAUGCUGAUGAUAAGGAGAAACUCUGCUGUGCCUGGUGUUCCAAACAAUUUCAUGAUGCCAAUGAACUAUUGGAACAUACAAACACCCAUAUUGCUUACGGUAACAACUGUUGUCCAGUUUGUAAGAAGUGGUAUAGUUUAUCUUCGAUAAAGCGCCACCUGAAACUAAAUCACGGUAUUAACACCGCUUAUCAUACUAGAAAGUUUGAUGCUUCACCAAGGAUCACCUUGCCUCAAGAAAUGCAGAAUCGCUGCAAAUGGUGCGAUGAACAAUUUGAGUCCAGCAAAGCUCUAGGAAUUCACUCACUCCUCCACAUUUGCGAUGGAAAGAACUGUUGUCCUGUUUGUGGCAAGUGGUUUGGACGAGUGAAACGGGAUUUCAAGGUCCAUCUACGUUGCCAUGGCGUUUUCAUACCUCGUGAUUAUAAAGUUAUAAAGGUUGAUGAUGAAAAUAAUGUUGUGCUCCCUUCACAGAUGGGUGGUUUCAAACUCAAGACAAUGCAUGUCCCAAAUAUGCAAAAUGAAGGCACAUCUUACAAACUAUGUUGUGCCUGGUGUAAGAAGCAAUUCAUUGAGGAAGAUGAACUAGUAAGUCAUACCAACAUCCAUUUUGCACAUGGCAACAACUGUUGUCCAAUCUGUAAGACUUGGUAUAGACAACUGUCUAGUAUGAAGCACCAUCUCAAGGUCUCUCAUGGAAUAAACACUUCUGAUAAAGACAGGAAUUUUGAUAUUUCUCUCUCAGUUGACCCCGGUCAGGAAAUACAGAAUCGCUGUCGAUGGUGUGAUGAAGAAUUUAAGUCUAGCAAUGCCCUUGCAAGUCACACGCUUCUCCACAUUGGCAGGGGAAAGAAGCGUUGUCCAGUGUGUGGCGAGUGGUUUAGACAAUCAGCAAAACAGAGUUUCAAAGUCCAUCUCCGAAGCCAUGGCAUCAUCUUGCCCUGUACAACAUACGCACAGAAUGUUGAUGGUUCAAAUAUGGUGCUGCCUGCUUCAGAGAUUGUUGUCAUGGACAAGAUGGAAGUGCAUAGCCCAAAUAAAUUGAAUCAAGACACAACAUGUAUCUGGUGUUCAAAGCAUUUUCAUGACACAGACAAACUCCUGGAUCAUAUCAACAUCCACAUUGCAGUAGGCAACAACUGUUGUCCUGUAUGUAAGAAAUGGUUUACUCUUGAAUACUUCAAGGGGCACCUGAAACUUCAUGGAAUCGACACUCCUGUUCAUGGUAGGAAGUUUGAUGUUCGAGCAGCAGACACUGAACAAGAAAUGCAAAACCAUUGUCGAUGGUGUUAUGAGGAGUUUGAUUCAGCCGAAUCUCUAGGUAGCCAUUCCCGCCUCCACGUUAGCACGGGCUCAAACCGCUGCCCCGUCUGUGGGAAGUGGUUCAGAAGUGACCAGAUAUUGGAAUUCCAAUUGCAUCUCAGGAAGCAUGGCAUAAACAUACCCUCUGAAGAGGGGAUUCCUAUUGAGGAUAUAAGCAGUGAAGCUGCCAUUUCAAAGGAAAAUAUGAAGGACGCGCCAACUGCAAGAGGGCCGAAUGAAGGAACUUCCUUCAAGAUCCCACAACCCCCAAGUGAUAGAGUGGAAAUGACACUUGGCAUUACUGCUGAAAGUCCACCGUAUGACAUGACUCAUGAGCAGCUUCCAAACACAGAUGAUCAUGCAAAAGAAUGUUCUUCAUCCCAAGAACAAGACUAUCAUGUGGAUAGUGAUCGAAAGCUCCCUUCAUCUCAAGAAAGGCUUACCUUUGUAAAAUCUAGUGACUUGGUAGAGGGAAGGUCGCAAUGUUGUAGUUGUGGAACAAAAUUCAAUGAUUCACAGGAAGUUUUAGAUCAUAUUGAGGACCACAGCUAUGCGCAUAGAAAGUUUUGUCCUAUCUGCGGCAAGUUAUUAAGCCUGAAAAAACCAAGAUCAAACUCGUACCUAAGAAUGCAUGGCAUUAUCAGGCCUGAAACCAUGUGUAAUGACAAAGUGGCCAUUGAUGAUAUUAGAAGACCACCUGUUUCGGCGGACAGAGAGAACUUGGAAGUUUAUCAAACAGUAAUGCAGGUUGACGAAUCUUGUUACCAAACAGAACUUGUCUCAAAUGAUGGGCAUGAAAUGAUAAAAUGCACCCAUGCUGGAAAUCUGUGUGCUGACCUCACUUGUGAGAACCUGCAGAACACUGAAAGAUCUUUGAAGGAAUUUGAUACAUUUGGCACCUCUGAUGAAGUUCAACAAGGAGACUGUAAUCCACAGACAAAGGUGCCCUCAUCUUGUGAAACACAAAAUCUAUCUUCAGACCCAUAUGGUAUAGAAUUGAUUGAGGAUGACAUCGGGUCACCUGCUUUGCAGAACCUAGAAAACUUGGAAUCGGAUCAAACAGUGGUGCAGAAGGAAGGGACCUCAAAUGAAAUGGAUCUCCCCCCGAAUAAUGUACAUGAAAAUGCAGCUGAAAAUCUGCCUGGUGACCUCACUUGUGAAAACCUGCAGAACGCUGAAAGAUCUUUGAAAGCAUGUGAUACAUCUGGAACCUCUGAUCAAGUACAGCAACAGGAUCGUAUCCAGCAGCCAAAAGUGCACCCAUGUGGGGAACCUCAAAAUCAAUCUAUAAGACCAUAUAGUAUGAAAGUCGCUGAUAAAGAAAGCAGAUGGCAAUGUUCUCUUUGUCAGAAGAAAUUUCAUGAAGCAGUAGAAGUUGUAUAUCAUGUACAGGUCCACGCAGAAGGUGAUGUCAAACGUUGCCCGAUCUGUGCAGAGACCUUGAUCCUGCAGAAGUAUGCAUUCACAUCACAUUUCAUUAAACAUGGCAUUUUGAUUACCCAGUCACCUAUGUCACAGGACAUGAACAAGGAAACGAAUAACAGUAUGGUGAGGAAUGAAGGCACCGUAGCUAACAGGCCAUGUAGUGAUAUCCCUCAAGAGAAUAGUCAUAAGAUGGGGAAAUCUUUAGAGGAAAAUUCUUCAUCCCAAACGUCUGAUUACGUACAAGAUGAUAGGGUCCCGGAGGCGGUACACACCUCUCUUGAUGUACAAUCUGUAAAGAAGGAGAAGACAUGGCAGUGCUGUUUUUGUAAGAUAGAUUUUCAUGACCCAAUGGAAGUCGUGGAACAUUCAAAUGUUCAUGUGAAAGGCAACGUUAAGCGUUGUCCAAUCUGUUCCCAGUUCAUAAGUCGGAAGCCGUUUGCAAUGAACAAACAUUUCAGGAAGCAUAAAAUUAAGAUCCCCUCAAACAGUGACAAUGCCAUCGUUGGUCAUACAAGCAAUGACUCUCUUGUUUCGCAGGACGUUGCGAACAAACAAACAGAGCACACAGGUGGAAUUGAAUAAAAUCUCUUGGCUCAGAUACUGCACCCGUCAUAUGAUAUUUAAUUAGGACAUGACGCAAGAUAUUGUGUGAAUUGUGUCCAUACUGUUUACAACA